AUGUUCAUCUCACAGCAAAUCGAUGAUACCGUCGGUGUUAUGCGUGAGAAUAUCAACAAGGUAUCGCAAAGAGGCGAGCGACUGGACUCGCUACAAGAUAAGACCGACAAUCUCGCCGUUUCCGCACAGGGCUUCCGCAGAGGGGCAAACCGAGUCCGAAAACAGAUGUGGUGGAAGGACAUGAAGAUGCGCAUGUGUUUGAUCGUCGGCAUCAUCGUGCUACUCAUUGUCAUUAUUGUCCCAGCAGGUAUGCCUCUUCCCCUCGCUUCGUAUGCAUUACACGAGUGCUAA